GAGAGACGAAGCGUGCCCAACUCCAUCUGCUUUCCUUUUCCUCUUCCCCCCCAUCCCCCUCCUCCCUCCCUCCCUCCCACCGAAACCCUAGCUAGCUCGAGAGCCAGCCGCGAUGUUCGGCUACCGGAAGGCGCCGGACCUCGACCUCGAGGCGGGCGGCUCCGCGCCGCUCUACCCGGGGAUGACGGAGGACGUGGAGCUGCGCUGGGCCUUCAUCCGCAAGAUCUACGUCAUCCUCUCCGUGCAGCUCGCCAUGACCGCCGCCGUCGCCGGAUUCGUCGUCAAGGUCCCCGCCGUCUCCGACUUCUUCGUCUCCUCCAACGCCGGCCUCGGCCUCUACAUCUUCCUCCUCGUCCUGCCCCUCAUCGUGCUCUGCCCGCUGCGUUACUACCACCAGAAGCACCCCGUCAACCUCAUCCUGCUCGGCGUCUUCACCGUCUCCAUCAGCUUCGCCGUCGGCAUGACUUGCGCCUUCACCAGCGGAAAAAUCAUCUUGGAAGCUGCAAUUCUCACAGCAGUGGUGGUCAUCAGCUUGACUACCUACACUUUCUGGGCUGCAAAGAGAGGCCAUGACUUCAACUUCCUGGGCCCGUUCCUGUUUGGAGCUCUUAUGGUGCUGAUGGUGUUCUCACUUAUCCAGAUCUUUUUCCCACUGGGCAAGAUCUCCACCAUGAUAUAUGGGGCCGUGGCGUCGAUCAUCUUCUGUGGCUACAUCAUCUUCGACACGGACAACAUCAUCAAGCGCCACACGUAUGAUGAGUACAUCUGGGCUGCCGUGUCCCUCUACCUCGACAUCAUCAACCUGUUCCUGAAUCUGAUGCAAAUUCUGCGUGCAGCCGAUAGCUGAGCGCACCUGAGCCCUGCUCGCCUUGAUUUUAGUCCACUAGCUUGUGCAUAGCAGAAAAUUCAUGAUUGCCCGCAGAUACCUGUAGGCAUGUACAAUCGUUAUCAGUAAAUUCUGCCGUCCUAGACUCCAUCGCAUGUCUUGUUUCCUAGCUUCCUGGAGUAUGCAAUGUGUGAUUAAACCAAGCUGCACGAUGAAAAUAUACUCACUGGUGCUUUGUGACUGCAAGACACGCGAAUUUGAUUCCUUGCUAUGAAAUGUUCCAUUUUAAUUCCGCUGAA